GCCUCGCGAAUGGAACGUUGUGUGUCAAGCCGGCCGCAGCGCGAGGCCGGCGCGCGGGGUCGGAGGAGGCGGCUAGAGCGUGGCUGGGGCCCAGGCUCAGGCCCAGGCCGGGCGGGCGCGGCCGCAGCAGGGGCGGCAGCUUGGGAAACGCCGGCCCGCGGCCCUAUAGGCCCCGAGCGGCCGCCUGGGGGCCCGGGGGACCUAGGGGGCGCGGCGACCGGCUCAGGCGCGCGUCCGGCGCCCCUCCCCCCAGCCGCGGGCGUCAGCGCAACUUGCGGCCAAACUUUACCCCCGGCCUCCCGCGCUCGGAUGGCAGCCCGCUAAGUUGGCCGCAGCCCCCGGCCGAGCGUCUGCCAGGCCAGAGGGCGCCCCCUGCGCAGCCUGGGCGGAGCCAUGGCUCGCGGUCCCCCGCCGGGGCCCCAGGGCGGCGGGGCGCGAAUCCCCGGGGCCCCCGGCCCGCGCCUCUAGUGCGCCCCCUCGGCCCCAGGCCCGGCCCCGCGCACGCGUGGGAAAGUUGGCCUGGAACCGGCCGGACCAGUUACGCCCGGGCGCGCGGACCGGUCGCAGGAAGUUGCUGCAAAACUUUUUUGGGGGGUGCAGCUGGUGCCCCCCGCGCGCCGCUGCCGGAUGCGCGCCGGAUAGUGUUCACGGGGCUGAGAGGAGUGCCCGGAGGGAGGAGCGCGGAGGGGGCGCCCCGGCCCCGCUGCCCUGAGGCUAUGGCCAUGGUGACGGGCGGCUGGGGCGGCCCCGGCGGCGGCGGCGACACGAACGGCGUGGACAAGACGAGCGGCUAUCCGCGCGCGGCUGAGGAAGACUCAGCCUCACCCCCUGGUGCCGCCAGCGACGCUGAGCCGGGCGACGAGGAGCGGCCGGGGCUGCAGGUGGACUGCGUGGUGUGCGGGGACAAGUCUAGCGGCAAGCACUACGGCGUCUUCACCUGUGAGGGCUGCAAGAGCUUCUUCAAGCGGAGCAUCCGCCGCAACCUCAGCUACACCUGCCGGUCCAACCGUGAUUGCCAGAUUGACCAGCAUCACCGAAACCAGUGCCAAUACUGCCGCCUCAAGAAGUGCUUCCGGGUCGGCAUGAGGAAGGAGGCGGUGCAGCGCGGCCGUAUUCCGCACUCGCUGCCCGGCGCAGUGGCUGCCUCCUCGGGCAGCCCCCCGGGCUCAGCGCUGGCGGCGGCGGCGGGCGGAGACCUGUUCCCGGGGCAGCCGGUGUCGGAGCUGAUCGCGCAGCUGCUGCGCGCGGAGCCUUACCCCGCGGCGGCCGGGCGCUUUGGCGCGGGCUUGGCGGGAGCGUUCGGCGCGGGGGGCGGCGCGGCGGGCGCCGUGCUGGGCAUCGACAACGUGUGCGAGCUGGCGGCCCGGCUGCUCUUCAGCACCGUGGAGUGGGCGCGCCACGCGCCCUUCUUCCCCGAACUGCCCGUGGCCGACCAGGUGGCGCUGCUGCGCCUCAGCUGGAGCGAGCUCUUCGUGCUGAACGCGGCGCAGGCGGCGCUGCCUCUGCAUACCGCGCCGUUGCUGGCCGCCGCAGGCCUGCACGCUGCACCCAUGGCCGCCGAGCGUGCUGUGGCCUUCAUGGACCAGGUGCGCGCCUUCCAGGAACAGGUGGACAAGCUGGGCCGCCUGCAGGUCGACUCGGCCGAGUAUGGCUGCCUCAAGGCCAUCGCGCUCUUCACUCCUGAUGCAUGUGGCCUCUCGGACCCAGCACACGUGGAGAGCCUGCAGGAGAAGGCACAGGUGGCCCUCACCGAGUACGUGCGGGCCCAAUACCCGUCCCAGCCCCAGCGCUUCGGGCGCCUGCUGCUGCGGCUCCCAGCCCUGCGCGCCGUCCCAGCCUCCCUCAUCUCCCAGCUGUUCUUCAUGCGCCUGGUAGGUAAGACGCCCAUUGAAACGCUGAUCCGAGACAUGCUGCUGUCAGGAAGUACCUUCAACUGGCCCUAUGGCUCAGGCCAGUGACUGGACAGGGCCUGGUGCGCUGUGGCUGGGUCUGCAGACCUCAAGGGACGUGGAUGUUUGGGUCUGGAGUGCGGCCCCAGGUGGAGGACCCUGGCUUCUCUCAGACUAUUUUUUAAAGACUGAAAUGCUCGUCUUUUCUUUUUUUAAAAUGAUCAUGAAACCGAAAAGAGACUGAUUGUCCAGACUCCAGCUUCAUCCUCCCCGGAACCCCUGGCCAAGAUGGGGUGGGGAGGGACUGAGGGUCCAAUCCUGGGACAGCCCGGUCCCUCAGUGCCCCGUGCAUAAACUUGUGGGACAGUGGGGUUGGCUUCCCUGUGUCAUGGACAAAGGCCUGAUGUCUGGACUGGAAGGGCAGCCACAGGCCAGGCAGGGGUAGUGUGUGGCAGGUGGAUUCUCUGGACAUGUAAUCCAUGUUGGACACUACAUGAUGAAUGAAUUAAGGCCAAUAAUAAAGACAUUUCCUACCCA